AUGUUUUUCAAGUCUUUGGAUUUAACCACUGCACUCCGCCCCUUACUGUUGCCUGAUGAGACUUUACUGUUUGUCCAGGAUGCGGUGGGGUUGUAUGAAGGAAAAUACAAAGUCUCCAACUACCAGAAUGGUCAUGCGUACCUCACGUCCCAUCGAGUAUGCUAUGUGGCUGUUGACGAACCGCGCAAACACUCAGUAGCCGUUGACCUGAAAGAGAUUGAUAGAGCAGAAUAUCAAGCAGGCUUCCUUAAGUCAUCUCCGAAAAUCACCUUGUAUCCAAAGCCACUCAAGAACAGGCUUGACGGAUCAGGAGGUGCAGGCUCUAGCCCAUCCAACUCACAGUAUCCACGACUCCAGUCUACGGGAUUGCAGUCGCCACAUUUCCAUACGCCGGUGCCACAGAUAAAAGCGCCCACCCCUCAGCGUGUUAACGCUACAUGGAUCUGUCCCAUAUGCUCAUUCUCCAAUCCAGUACCUUCCAACUUUGACCCUUCGACAGCGACCGUGUCCACUAGUAUACCACCUUGCCUAGCUUGUGGAAUAAGGCCGCCUUUCACAACCAUCCUGAAGGCCACCAUAUCUGCUGCGGCUAGCCGGGAGGGGACUUCGAUAUACCCGACUAUACUUGAACCAGCAUCUGAGAAUAUUGUCCAAAGUAGCAGCGUCAGUAACAGCGUAUCAGCUUCGCAACCUGGUCUUUCCAUCUCAUGUCUCCGAUGUACUUUCGUGAAUCACCCUUCUCUCCCCGAAUGCGAAAUAUGUGGCGCCCCCUUAAAUUCUGCUGGUGCAUUUCGAGAUGCUGGAGGCGAGCAGAAACGUGCAGAAUCCCCGGCGCCUUUUUUUGAACAAGGGACUAUUAAAAACACGGAGAUCACUGAUAGUAUCAAAUUGUCUUUUCGCGGGGGUGGUGAGAAGACAUUUCAUGAACGGUUGAAGGGCGCCUUGAUUCAACGUAAAUGGCUUCUUUACGAUGCGCCACCGGUGCCGCAACAACCUUUACGGUCUACCCCCUCUCCUAGCUUGACCGCAACCGCCCCUUAUAAUGGCAUUGUGCCCACCCAGACUCGCUCACCGGCGGUCGGGAUUGCAGGCCUUGAGCAGCGAGGGCUAGAGGCUCGCAGGAACAACGAAAUGGUUAUUGGAAAUGCCUUUGAGGACCUCGAAGCACUGAUGGCGUCUGCAAAGCAGAUUGUCGCUCUUGCCGAAACUCUUGCUAGGGAGUCGGGAAUAGCCAAUGAUGAGAGCUCUGUGGAGGCCAGUACAGUACUUUCUGAAUCAGCUGCAGCACUGGGAAUGGUAACAACAAAGGAUAUGCUUGGCUCCGGUGCUGAGAACCUUUAUCUUUCGGAACUAUCACGGAAUCUUGCCGAGUAUCUCACUGAUGACCGAAAAGGGAUUCUACAGAAAGAGGGUGGAAUUAUAAGCCUUAUCGACCUUUGGGCAAUCUUUAACAGGUCUCGGAAUGGAGUGGAACUGGUCAGCCCUUCUGAUUUCCAGAGGGCAGCAGAAUUGUGGGAGAAAUUAAGGCUACCAGUUCGUCUACGUCGUUUCAAGAGUGGCCUUCUUGUCGUCCAGAGGUAUGACUGGAGCGAUGAGAAGACCAUCCGCCAGCUCCAGGACUGGAUGACAGAGCUUCGGCGUAUCCCCCCACCGGAACCCGUGCCUUGGGACUGGCGACUAUUUGGGCGUGCAAUCACUGCACAAGAGGCAGCACAACGAUUCAAAUGGAGCGUUGGGGUUGCAACGGAGGAGCUUGAAAUGGCUGAGGAUAAAGGGAUACUUUGCAGGGAGGAAGGUAUCGAAGGACUCAGGUUCUGGAGUAACUACAUCACGUUGGAACAGGACCCACAAUCCAUCGAUGACCUAGGAGUUUUAGGCCUGGCUCUUUGA